GUCUACCAGAACCAAAGAAAGAAUCUGUAUUUCAGGGACUUGGAAUAGAAGAAGGAUUUUAUACAUCAAAAGAUUUCCUGCCACUGGUGUCUAUGGCAAGUAAACCAGGAAUAUGCGGCUGUCGCUCUUCAUUGCCAUCAAUACAGGGAACAGUGAUUGUUCUUGGAGCAGGCGAUACUGCCUUUGAUUGUGCAACAUCAGCUUUGCGCUGUGGAGCUCGCCGUGUUUUUGUGGUCUUCAGAAAAGGAUUUACUAAUAUACGGGCUGUCCCCGAGGAGAUGGAGCUUGCAAGGGAAGAAAAGUGUGAAUUUCUACCUUUCCUUUCUCCUCGGAAGGUUGUAAUAAAAGGAGGAAAGAUUGUUGCUAUGGAAUUUCUCCGGACUGAGCAAGAUGAGGAUGGAAAUUGGAAUGAAGACAAGGAGCAGACUAUCCGUCUGAGAGCAGAUAUAGUGAUUAGUGCCUUCGGUUCAACCCUAAAUGAUCCUAAAGUAAAAGAAGCUCUGUAUCCUCUCAAGUUUAACAGUUGGGGUCUCCCCGAAGUUGAUCUGGAGACUAUGCAGACAAGUGAACCAGGGAUUUUUGCAGGUGGUGACAUCAGUGGCCUGGCCAACACUACAGUAGAAUCAGUGAAUGAUGGAAAACAAGCUUCCUGGUUCAUGCACAAAUACAUACAGUCUUUAUAUGGUGCCACCGUUCCUGCUGUACCUCAGCUGCCUCUUUUCUAUACCCCGAUCGACUUGGUAGACAUCAGCAUAGAAAUGGCCGGACUCAGAUUUUCAAAUCCUUUUGGCCUCGCCAGUGCAACUCCGACUACAAGUUCAUCAAUGAUCCGCAGAGCUUUUGAAGCGGGAUGGGCAUUUGCACUCACCAAAACUUUUUCUCUGGACAAGGACAUUAUAACAAAUGUUUCUCCAAGAAUAAUCCGUGGAACCACCAUAGGUCCCAUGUAUGGUCCAGGCCAAGGUUCCUUCUUGAACAUUGAGCUCAUCAGUGAGAAAACAGCAGCCUAUUGGUGCAGGAGUAUUACUGAGCUGAAGUUAGACUUCCCUGACAAAAUUGUCAUUGCCAGCAUCAUGUGCAGCUAUAAUAAGGAGGACUGGACAGAGCUUUCAAAAAUGGCUGAGGCUUCUGGAGCUGAUGCCCUGGAGUUAAAUUUAUCAUGUCCACAUGGUAUGGGAGAAAGAGGCAUGGGCCUGGCUUGUGGGCAGGUAGGAUUUUUUAAGUCUGUUUCAUUUCUCCGUGGCAGUACAGCACCGUUUCAUUGA